AUGGUCAGUGGCAUCAACCUCCUUGGUGAUGGCGCAACUCAAACGUUCGCAGCAGCCGCAGCGACCAGAGCCACAACUUCCACCAACAGCAGAAUCCCUCUUCCAAGUAUCAAAGGUAGGGACGUGGCCUUAGAUGAGGAGUGGCCAAACGGAUUGGCCAGUCUUCACAAGAUGCUAUGCAAGUAUAUUGAAAAACAGGUCCAGAACAAGAUCUUGAUCCCGCCUCAAGAAGCGUUCGAGGCAGGCGGGACGGAAAAGCUAACGGACGUGGUAGAGGCAGCAUUGGGAGUCGAAACUUCGGCUCGCAUGAAGGGAGUGGCUACCAGCCCAUUGAAGCGGAGGAUUCUUGACGCCGUGCGCCACAUAGGAGAGCUGACAUCUAAGGCUACACGGCGGCAGCGGUUGCUCAUGCAGCAGGAAUACGAUGUGGACGCAGGUUCGGCGACUUACGGAAUGAAACUGGACUUACAGUGUAGGGCUGAGGAGCAUGAGCUCAACAACUCCGAGUUCAAAGUGGACGACGCAUCGGAGGAGCAGGUUGAAGUGCAGUACCGAAAGAAUCUGCGGGUCAACUAG